AUGCUCACCUGUCGGAUAUUACCUCGAAUAUGCUCACGCUUACCGCUUUCUCCUAGUGUUAGUUGUAUGAGAGGCGUUGACUUGGUUCAUUUCUCGACAACAAGUAAACAGAAUGACAGCAAAAAAUCUGACGCUGAUUUGGAGAAGGAACUGGAACGACUCAACGAAGAUUUGAAGAAGGAUUUCGAUUCCAAAGUGAAAGACAGUGAAGAGGAAAUUGACAAGAACUUUAUGAACUUCAAGGCAAAAGCUGAGCGCGACGCAUACCAACGAAGUGGCACAAUAUUCAACUGGAAAGUGGCUGCUAAAACGCUAGGAAUUGGUGCUGCUUGCCUGGCUCUCCUCUUUUACAUCCGUAAAAUUAGGAUGGAAGAACGAGAAAAACACAUCAAAUAUUUGGCGGGUAAAGCCCGAAUCGGCGGAGAUUGGGAGCUGGUCAACACUGAAGGAAAAUUGGAGGGAUCAGAGCAAUUAAAGGGAAAUUGGUUGCUUUUGUAUUUUGGCUUCACGCAUUGCCCUGAUAUCUGCCCGGACGAGAUAGAGAAAAUGGUCAAGCGCGACGCAUACCAACGAAGUGGCACAAUAUUCAACUGGAAAGUGGCUGCUAAAACGCUAGGAAUUGGUGCUGCUUGCCUGGCUCUCCUCUUUUACAUCCGUAAAAUUAGGAUGGAAGAACGAGAAAAACACAUCAAAUAUUUGGCGGGUAAAGCCCGAAUCGGCGGAGAUUGGGAGCUGGUCAACACUGAAGGAAAAUUGGAGGGAUCAGAGCAAUUAAAGGGAAAUUGGUUGCUUUUGUAUUUUGGCUUCACGCAUUGCCCUGAUAUCUGCCCGGACGAGAUAGAGAAAAUGGUCAAG